AUGUCUUCUUUUGAUGAUUUUUCGAUUGUAUUUGGAUAUUUAGAGCGUUGCGAAACCCGACAAAUAACUCGAAAAAUAUGUGCAGAAGAAUUAGAACAUGAAACAGUUGCUUGUGAAUGUUUUGAAGAUCAACGAAUUGAUGAAAAAGAAAAUAUUAUUCCCGAAAAAUUAGAUUAUUAUUUGGUUCAACCAGAUGGAAAAAUGACAAAUGAAUUGAAAAGGGAUAAUUUGCCAGUUCCCACUAUUUUUGUAGCUGAUUUGAAUUCUUCAAAAAGACAAGUUACAGUAAGUUUUCUUAUUCUAAAAUUUCUUUAGUUUUCUCAAUUCAUUUUUUUCAGAAAACUGGUGGCUCAAAAAAACGAAAAACAUCAGUUUUAAAAGAAACCGAAGGAGCAAAAAAGCGAAGAGAAAUUAAGAAAAAAUUAUUCAACGAUUUGGGAAUUCAUCGAUCAAAUUGUGGAAUUGAUGAUAAAGCAAAACAAAGAGAAGAUUCUAUGAAAAGAAAAGUUACCGAAACUAUUGUUACAACUUAUUGUGCAUUAUGUGAACAAAACUUUAGCAGUCCAAAAAUGCUACUUUUACAUAAUACAAAGGUAAUUUGAUUUUUUUUUGGGAAAAAACUGAAAAGAGUUCUAUGUAUUUUACGGAUGCUCUGUUAAUCUGAGCAUCACAAGGAGAAGCUUAUUUAGUUUUACCGAUGUUGUUUUCUAUUUUUUCAAUGACAAUUUUUUACAGGUACAUGAAACACCGUCACUCGAAUGUCAUUUAUGUAUGAAACGUUUUGAUCAAACAAUCACUUUUAAUCGUCAUAUGAAAACACAUUAUGGGCCAAAUGCUCAAUACUUGGUUCAAUGCGAGUUUUGCGAUCGAAAAUUCAAAGAUAAGGAUUCACUUACAACGCAUAUCGAAGUUACUCACUGA